CAAAUGUAGGUUGAGAGAGGUGGUUUAUAUAGGGGACUUGGAAGUCCCCAGCCUGUGAACUCAGUGCAGUUUUAAUGCUCAUUGCUUUCCUCAGCUGUUUGAAAGGCAGACACAGAGUUUGGGGGUAACUCCAAGAGCACACAUAAAAAUGGAGCUGAACUCUCUGUUAAUUCUUCUGGAAGCAGCUGAGUAUUUGGAAAGAAGAGACAGAGCGUUCCUGCAAAGGAGGAAAAAAUGCAUGGAAAAAUAUAUUGCCACUAAUGCUGACUUUGUCCCUAGAAGCAGAACAUGGCUAUGCAUCAGUGUUACCCUUCGAUAGUGACUAUUCCAGAAAGAAAACAAAGGCAGGCACGCUGGCCAGAAAAUCCCAGAAUAACAGGUCAUCACACAACGAACUAGAAAAACAUAGACGGGCUAAACUCCGGCUAUAUUUGGAGCAGCUAAAACAGCUUGUGCCUCUUGGGCCAGAUAGCACCAGACACACCACUCUAAGUCUGUUGAAAAGAGCCAAGAUGCAUAUCAAGAAAUUGGAAGAACAGGACCGAAAAGCUCUAAAUAUUAAAGAACAAUUACAGCGGGAGCACCGCUACCUCAAACGUAGAUUGGAACAGUUAUCCGUGCAGGGCAUGGAACGUAUCCGCACUGACAGUAUGGGAUCAACAAUAUCCACUGAUUCUGAACAAGAAGUAGACAUUGAAGGAAUGGAAUUUACACCAGCUGAAAUGGACAGUAUUGGAAGUGCCAGUGAUGUUGAAGACCACUACAGUUUGCAAAGCAGUUCAAGUGAUGGUGGCUAUACACAUUCCCGCAGACUUAAUGCCAGGCUCUCAUAGUGCCUGAGUUUCCAUUUCAGCUCAGGACCAUCUAACUGAAGCACUUAUAGAAGAAAAUUCCAGAGGUGUCAACUGCCACUCUUCCGGGAAACCCCAACCACAGCACUCUGAAAUGGAGGUUUUGUACCCAUGGUUCCCUGCACUGUAACCACAACAUUCGAUAUUGCAAAUCAUGGUUUUGCUGCAGAGAACUGUGGUUAGGUACAGUUGUGACUUAAAGCUAGCUUGAUGUAGCCAUACUGCAAAUUUUAAAAAAUCAUAUCAUUCCAUGCAAGAAGUAUUAAAUUCAACCUGUUGGAAGCAUAUGAUGGCAUAAGGAAGUUUAAUGAGAAAAUCAUUUUGAUUUUGCAGAAACCAUUUUCAAAUAUUGAAGAAUAAAUGAAAUCUAUGAUUCAAAUCUAUAAAAAUUCAACUACUUUUUUUCUUGUUUUUUUCCUUCAUGAAAAAUUAUUAAUGCUUUAUAGCAGGCUGUAGAGUAUAAAUUCUUUUACUGUUGUGUUUGAGAGAGGCAGACAGAAAAAAAUCUCCAAAUCUCAGAUGAUCUUUAGAAAAAAGAUCAUAUUAACAAGUCACUACUGUACUUCAAAAUGGGGAGGAAAAAAGCCAGCUCUAAUAAUGACUUCAUGUGGGAUGAUCUCAACUUUCUUUUGCUUUCUGCAUUCAGCAUCCAAUCAGCAGCAGAUCAUUCUCACCAUGAUAACAGAGCUAGCACAAAGUAACACUGGAGUGUUAACCUAUUAUCAUGGAAGAGAUGUCUUUUGAAACAUUUCGGUAUUUUUUGUAAAGAAUACAGAGCUCAAAUUAUCUAGAUUUUGAUAAUUAAACCUCUCCUUACAAGGAAUGUUAGCUAAUGUUUCUUUUUUCCUAUUUAUAGCUGCCAAUACAUUUUUAUGGAAGGCAUGGCUUAUAAUUACAGUAUUCAGCUAGAGGAUAAUUAAUCAUUUUUUCUUCUUUUGCACGCUAUAAUUGCAUUUUCUAUUCUUAAAUAAAGUGCAAAAAAAUAAAGUGUAUGCUGUAAAACAGCAAAGUUUAUUUAGUACUCAUCAAGCUGUUCAGAACAUAUUUACCCAAAUUGUAGCAAUACUACGAAGAUGUAUUUUAAUACAACUUUGGCUUAGUGAAGUCAUUAGAGCUUGGCUUGCUGGGUAAGAAAAAUGGACCAGUCUUUGCAUUAUCUGUAUAAAGAAGGUCUUUUAAAAAAAAGAAAAAAAAAGAAAAGAAAAAUGAAAAAAAGCUAUAAACACUUCUAGAGAAGUGAUUUUAGCAAGUGUAGUCUAUAUUUCCUGUAAGAGAUUUUGUAUUAUAUUUUCCUAAAUGUUCUCAUUUACUUGUAUAGGGAGGGGAAUGGUACAGACCCAAACCAGAGUCUCAGGGACUCUUCACCCUUGUCAUAUUGUGCCUUGGUGACCAUUUAUGUAUGUCUCUCCUUUUUCAUUGUUUAAAGGCAACUAAGCUUUGUUUAUUUCAAGACCCUUUGUUUGAAUGGUCAGUUGUCCAUCUUAUUACAAACGAAGCACUGAGAGUUAUAAAUCUUCUCACAUCCAAUCCGUGUGUCUUUUUAGUACAAUUAUAAAAUUAGGUUUGUGAGAGGGUUAACCAUUAAUUACAUUAUAUUUCAUAGAGGCCCUCCCUUUGAUUCUUCAGCACACAGAUCUACAUUUUGUUAGCUUUUUGAACCAGGGUCUCUGUGAGACCAAUAUUAAAUGGCUAUGGAAACAAAUGUAUUGUAUAAUGCUAUAGGAUGUCUAACUGUGGUACCAUUUUAAUAUUCAAAUAUAAAAAACUCAUGACAUACUGACCAUAAUGAUCAAAACAAAGAUUCAGUUGUUCUUUCAACAUUAGACAUAUGUGCCCUCCCUUUGGCUUUUACAAGAGAGUAGAAAUAUGAAUACAUUUUGUGGCAGCUUACAAUCCUUGUUUGCACUCUUGCUUACUGCUUGGAACUUGCCAACAAGGAAAAUGUAUACUUUUUAAUUUACAUAACCUAAUUUAUGGCCACCUGUACUUUGGCUUUGGGGAGGGGCCUAAGGUUAUAAACUCUGGCAGCUGAAUAAAAAAAAAAACCAAUUUACUUUUCUGUGAUGCAGGUUUUGGUAUUAUGUUAUACACCUUUGCAUAUUACUAAAAUCCUCAUUGUUGGGGAAAACACACAGCAAUAUAUUCAUUGUGUGUAGCUGACAAGCAGCAGAAAUUACUAGCUCCUUUGGUGCAUAUGUAACUAAUUUCCAAAUCUGGAAAAAUUAAGUGUUUACUUUAACACAGGACUGUUAACAGGGGGAAAAAAAGGCUAGUAUAUUGUUGCUGUUCAUUUAUUAUAUAAUGAACACAUUCAUGAAUUGUAAAGUGUUUCCUUUCGUGACAAGCAGCUCUUGCACAGAACCUCCUAAUAAAAAGAUUUGAAACACAGAAGGAGAGUAGAGAUUUUAAAUCCAACAUUGUUGUACCUUAUGUUGAUCAGAAGUUCUCCUUUUAAAGAUGAAUGUGCUAAUUUAAUGAGUUCUUCCACGCUGGGUAUCCAUGGCUUUGUAGAUCUUAUAUUUUCAAUAAAAAUUACUCCAAUAAUCUGAAUGGAAAUAAAAAAGGUUUUAUUUGUUUUUACUCUUUUGCAUAUUAUUAUGGUAACCAUUUUCAAGACAAAGAAAUAUGGUAUCAUUUUCAUGAAGCGUUUGUCUUAAUUAAAGUCUGAUGUAAUAUGACACUUUCAGACAUUGGACCCAUUCCUGCAGUAGUAGUAGCCCUAUUGAAGUCAAUGGCACAACUGAUGUACUAUUUGCAUGAGAAAGGGUGUGCAGGAUCAGACCAGUAUCCCAAACAAUAUCAAAGUGCUGACAGCUCUAUCCAUCUCCCUUUGAUUUCUGUGGUGAUGGAUGGAUUCCUGUGAUUCUGUUCCAAAACAUUAUUCUUCACCCUAUUCAGCAGCGUUAUUAAUUAUGCCAUUAACUUAUGGCAUGGCAACUAGGGAUGAAUACAGUUUCCUGUUUUGCUUUGUUUUUUAAAUAAUUUAAAGAUGGAUGUUUCUCAUUUUUGUGUGUGUGUGUAAUUAUUAGUGUCGUGAUCAAAACAGUACAGCAAAAAUGGGAGAGGGGAUGGGAGAGAGAUAUUUAACCAUUUUCAUGGAGUAACUACACCUAAUCCAAUCAUCCUCCUAUGUUGUGUUAUAAUGUAACACAUGGAACAAGGCCUGGAAGAAAUUGCCAUAAAGUUCUCUUUGCAGAAUUUUCUCUGAAGUUGUUCCAUAAGGAGAUUUGGCUGCUCUCCUACCCAUGGAAAAAGGAGGAAAUUCUGCCUUCAGAACUCUAUAGAUCCCAAGGGAUCUGCAGGAGGCCAUUUCCCAGCCAGGAUCUACAUUUGUUCUGGUGCCUAGUGUUCAUCACCUCCUCGGCUUUACUUGGGUCAUGUUGUGAGUAUUUUCUGUCCCGCUGCCUGUGUGGGGCUAUGAAAACAUCAAAGCAGCUUAAGGCAGCAUUAAUUUUUUUCAGAUUCCCCAUGAGAUUUAGGGGGACAAUGCAUGUCCCCUGACGCCAUCCUACCCUUCCCAGCUGUUUCCACAAAUUGAUGGAUGGCUAACCAACCUACCCUACCCUUUUUAGAAGACUAAGAUCUGUGCAAGAACUGGAUACUGUAUUUCCGUAUGCAAAGCUCGUACUGACUUCAGUGCAAGUUUUGCCACAGUGAAGAAUGCAGGAAUAGGCCAAAAAACAAAACAAAAAAAAAAUCAGUGAUAGAGCUAAAGUUCAUGUCUGGUAUUUACAGAGAUACUAAAUGUUAAUUUCUUCUUGUGAAACUCUUCAGAUUUGGAAAUAUUGUCCGCUAGGACCUGGUACAACUCACAUUUAAGUUAAAGAAAAGACUCUUACUGACUUGAAUGGGUAUUGGAUCAGGCAUAUCAACUGCAAUUUAAUUUUUUUUGCAAGCAGGUAGUUUGUAACAAUCUAGAGAGUACAUAUGACAAAUGGAGAAAUUUUUGUUUGAUAAAUAUUUACAUGUUUUUUAUUUUCUUCUUACCACAAGUUCUAUCAAACCAAUGUUAUUUUAGUAUUUUCAGUUAAAAUGACAAAGUAAUCACAAUAUUUUAAAAAAUGGUAAGAGAUUAUGUGCAUGUGAGUUUGGUCUACAAGUAUGCUCUUGUCUACUACACCAAAGCUUGCUCAACUAUGUAACACAGUCCCCAGUUCUUUUACAGUUGUAUAAAACAGCGUAUACAGGUAGGACGGGUGAUCAUUUGGCCCUUCUAUCAAUGUUAAAUCAAUUAUUAAUCUAUUUAAUUAUCACUGUUUUUUCUCCUCAAAGGUUAUUUCCAUACACAAAAUAAAUGUUUCUCAAUUACGAACCCAGCCAGCACAAUCACUGAACAAAGGAUAUUAAUUUUAUACACUUGUUUUGUGAAGACAUUACCUUAUUAAUGUUUAAAAACCAAAUUUGAGAAUCCUUCUUCAUUAUAUUUAUUUACUGCUAGAGGCCAGUGCCUUGUGUUUAAAAAAAAAAAAAAAAAAAAAAGGGCAAAACAUUCAAUCCAUCAAUAAUGCCCUUUCCAAAAUUGAAUGCAAUGACUAUCAUGCUACUUUAGAUUUUUUUUUUUUAAAGGCGAGCUGCUUUCACUAUAAAAUAAAACAGGUAAAAUUAUCAGAUAUGAGAGACAUUUCACCAACAAUGAAUGUGUGUUAGUGUGGUUUGUGAAUGAAAAGCAAUAUUCCUAACUGAUAGCUCCAAAAAUCUAAGUUAUGUGUACUAUGUAACUGCUUAAAAUGAAGGGAAAGUAUAAAGUGGGUACUACUAGAAACCAUUUGGUCAUUUGGGCCUGUCAUUAUCCUAAAUUCUAGAAAUGAAUCCCAACAAAGAUUCCUGGUGACCCAAGUACACCUAUAGAAAACUUGGUAGUGAAUCAUAGUGAAGGCAGUUUAACUUCAGAACUUCAGCCUUCAACUUUGCAUAGGUAAUGUGGGUAUAAAAUAUGGUGACAUUCAGUGUACGUGGUUUAAAGGGUCUGUGCAAUAACAAGUCUUAAUGGCCGAUAUUUCACUACGUGUGAAGUACAUGGUAGGCACCGAAAAAGAGCCUCCUGCUGUGGCGGUUAUGUUUCUGGUGAAAUUCUAGAGGUGUACUGGGUGCGUUCUGUGCCAGAGCCAUUGGAAUAUAUAUCUGAAAAGGAACGCUUCAUAGUUCUAAGAUGUAUUAUAUUGUAAAGAUUCAUUUGUACACACGUACAUGGUGCAUGCUAUGCUGUGUAGCACACACUGAAAGUAUUGUGUUAUAUCAUUCUUUCAUUGUAAUAUAAAUACAACUUUUAUACCUGA